AUGACACUGAGAACGACAAUACUCGUCUUUUAUAUAGUCAGCUAUUUGAAUGCCGAGAUAAAUGCCCAUAAUUCAUCCAGGUGUGAUUUUUUUGAUUCCGUUGAUCUGACGAAUGCCCGGAAACUUGAAAAUGGUUCCUAUGUGUUUCAAGACAUUCUGAUUCCAGCAGAGUUAACGUUCACGCACGUGGAAGAUCAGACUAGUAUACGGGGAUGUGUUUGUGAAAUCAAGCCAUGCAUCAACUUUUGCAGCCCUGCAGUAGGCCCCCAGGAGUCCCUCAGCUGGGUUGUGAAAAUGAAGGAUGGGACUGUUGUCAAUAAACGCCUUGAAGACGUGUUUGCCUUACAACGGGGCAGUACCAUACCAUGCGAUGAAUAUAAUUCGCUAAAUAUUGUACGCUGGGAAUUGCUUGAGAAACUCUUUGAUAGGUGCUGCGUAUGCUAUUUGGCUUGCCUUACAGUAGGUUUCAUAUUUUUGAGCGUCGACAAAUGGGAAAUAGCUUCACAGGAGAGCAAGGUUCGCAGAGCCAAUGGUUGGUCUGCAGUAAUAUAUUAUUAUGGACCGAUGACGCUUAUAAUAGUCUGCAACAUAGCAAUGUUCGUAUUAACGGCUGUGGAACUUCUUCGGCAGGAGAAAUUUAUUAGAAACAGUUUGGGGACUCAGCUUCAACGAGCUUUGAAAACCAAAAGAAAGACGUAUGUCAUCUGGAAGAAUCACCAGACUUAUUUUAUUUUUUUACUUAUCGUCUUCAAUUUCAGUCUCUGUACGUUUUCGAAACUGUUUGUGUUGAUGGGUGUGACUUGGCACUUGGAAAUCCUUUCUUAUCUAUGUAAGACAAAUUCUAUAACAAUUAUUGGAGACCUCAUUAACUCGGCACAAGGGUUGUAUAUAUUCGUGGUGCUAGUUUUGAAUAAGACAGUAUUAAAGCAUCUUCGUAAACGGUAA